UGUUAGUGCAAAGCAUAAAUCAGCAGAAACGGGAAGACGUUUGCAUCUCCAGUGGCUGCCUGCGUUCACUUGCUCCUUUCCUUCUGCAGCAUGAAGUGUGACCUCAAGAAGAAACUCUUACUUUCUUCAUUCAUAUUGUGCUUGAUUCUCAACGUGGAAUCGACCCACGUCAAUGGUACAUCGGAAGAAAACAUCAUUGUUAAAUUUACUUUACAAGAGCCUCUCUUCAGCAAGGUCUCCGAUAAGCCUGCCCUGUACAUAAAUGGGAUGAAGAAAGGAAGCUGCAAGCGAAUCAGCCCCUGUAAAGAAAAGUUUGCGCUCAGUGAUGUGGAAAACAGCACUGUGACGCUACACAUCACAAAUCUCACGCUGGAGGACGAAGGGACGUAUCACGUUGCUGUGCUUUCGAGCGGUUUUAAGCCUCUUAUUGAGAGCAAUAAAAUUUAUAUUAAAGUCACAGUAGGCAAUAAAACAACAGAAACAACGACCACAGCUGUACAUGAUCAUGCUGCGACUAAUGCACCUAAACUAUCAGAGCAAAGACCCUUCUUCAUUUUCUUCAGUGCAACAGUCAUAAUAUUUAUAUGUCUUUUUGUGGGCAUAUUGUGUUGGCAUUUUAGGACCUAUCCAAGAAAACCAGACACAGAAACCCCACCACUUCACAGCAACAGAUCAACACAACCGCAGGGGCAGUGUGGGACAUCCGGUGCUGUGUUCGUCAGCUGUGUGGAGUAUGGAGAGUUAGACUUUCAAAACAGACCCGAAAGAGAUGACAGAGUAAAACCUGCCGAGGCGACAUCAAAGGCCCAGGACGGAGUGGAAUAUGCUGCCAUCAUUUUCCCUCAGCAAAAACAGCCACAGAGUGGGCGGAUGAGAAGUAAACAGCAAGUACCUGCUAUUAAGUGAAAGUCUGACUCAUAAAACCAUAUCGUGCAUUGUCCACUAAAUUUAGUCCAUUUUGAUGUUUGCUCAUGUAAACCUAAUAUAUACUAUUUGGGAGUUUGUUCGUUUUUUUUUGAGAGCGGGUAGAAAUCUCAAGACUACGAUUUUUCUAGUAAUUACACGAUAACAAUCUGUUAAAUACUGCAAGUCAUCUCCUCGCUGUUAACGAGUUCAUAAAGAUGCUGUAAACGUGACACAGAGUUUAACACUGAGUCAUAUUGAGGUGCUAACCACAGAAGCCCCUUAAAGAAGCCAGAGGUAUAUUUGUACAGUAUAAACACAACCCCCGGCUCAUCGGAAAGAACGUGCCUUGUCUGCAAAAUCAUAGCAUGUCGCUUCGUUUCACGAAUGUCCAAUGAGGGGUGCUAAAGGACGUUCGGUUCGGCCUAAAACGGAUGAGCGUGAAUUUGGCCACAUUUUACUAGGUUGGUUGUUGUGUGCGUGUCGCAGCAGUCCAUUAAUAAAAUAUCUUGUAGGUGGCGCUAAAAAGUUAAGUGCUGGAUAGAUUACUUUCAAAUUGUCGUUUUCUGGUAAAAAAGAUAUUAUUUUAUUAUUAUCCUAUUAUUUUAAAUAGGAAACGAUGCUUACCCCAUUGGCACAUUAUUUCGCUUGGUUAAUGUAAAAACUAUUUUUUUCUGAAAACAAGACAAAAUCGUCUCUAUAAUCCUUCUUUAAUUCUAGAUAUGUUGCCUGGAAACAAGACAAAAAAAAAACCUUGGCUAGAAAAGCGUAAGACAUAAGUUAGCGACAUAAUCCAUUACAUUACACAAUUUAGAUAAUAUAGGACCAGAUUUAUUAAAUUUUGUCACAUUAGUAAGCGUGCUAUCCCAUAAAAGCGUAAAUUUCGACGGGUGUUUUAUCGGCAAUGCAACGGUAAAUAACCGUGCAAAUACCAGUAAACCGACUACCGCAAAACUUAUUGUAACUUACGGUUGCGCGAUUCGUUUUAAAUGCUCUCCGAAAAUGUUGUAUCUGAAAAACUAGGGAAACUUAAGUGCAUAUGCAAUUAAGUGAGUCGCUAAGAUGACCGUGUCCGCUCCGUUUCAGCGCUGAGGUUAGAAAUAUCGCGAUAAAAUCUGCGAUGGUGGUAGACCGUAUGAAAGUUUAAAAGAUACAAAGGAAUUUAAUGCUAUUGUGCAAAUAUAAUAAAAUCAUGUAGUCAGUAAAAAGCAACUGCAGUCUGAUUAUGUGUUUUUCACAUGUAAUAUUACGUAAUUAUGAUUACGUAAUCCAGCACGCAUGUAAUCAGUUACUACCCAGUACUGCAUUUGAAAAGAUCAUACAUCGUUAACUAUGGUGUUCAUUAAAGCAAACAUGAGGGUAAAAAUGCAUUCGCUGAAACAAGCAAGUCUUUCGCUUUGUAACAUACACCAUGCAUGUGAAACUAAUUACAAUAUGUGAUGCAAAUGCAUCACAAUUACAAUUCAUGCGCCGUGGUGAAAGUGUUUCGAGGUCAUGGUAUCGCUAGUAGACCUGCACGAAAAACCGAUUGAUCUGACCUUUUAGUCAUAAAAACGAAAUUCAAGCUGUUGGUGUUUUACUAACACUAGCGUUCAUGGAAACUGCAGCGAGGUGCAUGCAUAGGCGCAUUUUUGCAAAAAUACAGAGGCACGUUUUUUCCAAUAAGCCCAAGUUGCAACCACAAGAGUAUUAUUUCUCAUACUCGCGCCAUUUGUGGUACACGCAAGACUAAUACUUCAACUCGAGGACAGAUUUUUGUGCCGUUACAUUCGACGUUACAUACGACUUUAGAUUUUGCCGUUCUCCUGUUACCAAUCUCUUAUGCGCUACUGUGUAUCCUAACACUAUUUAUCUUAAAACGUAAGUCACAGCAGUUUGUGUGUUUAUGUAAAUUUGUACGUGCUGAUUAUUGCACUGUUUGUGUGUAAAUAUCGUACGCGAACGAGUUCUGUACCACGCAUGAAUGUACAGCCAUGAAGGGAUCUCAUAAAAUGCAUACAAACUCGA